CGAACCAUCAAACUGGAGCGUCGACAUAUUGAAGCCAUUGGUCGGCUGCGCAUCGCUCGGACGAUUGGAAUUGAGUGCGGCGAACAGCAGGUUCUGUUGCUGCGGAGUUAGGACGAGGCCCUGCAGCGGGUUCUGCGACGACGUCAUUUCGGCUGACUCGCUGGACCGCGCUCGAUUAUGAAAGGAAAAGGGUGCUCGUGUUGCGGGAUGAUGUUCAGGAUAGCGCUGUGGCAGGACAAUGUGCACUGGCCGACAACCCUAAAGGAAGAGGUGUUGUAUCGGACGAAACGCUUAAAGGGCGCGGAUGACAAGCAGAAGCGGCGCUGGGGUACUAAGUCCGAGCCCCAGACCGGAGACGAGGCGGGGUAUCGGACGUUGGACAAAGGCACCAAAAGAGAAGCCGACGACGUCAGAGUGUGUUCAAUAUUUCUGGAAGCGGGAUAUUGUGCAAGGAAAGACUGCAGGCUUGCAAAAUGUCAAGCCAGCGGGGGGGAAUCAAGGCGAAGUUGCCUCAGGCCAAGAAGUUUAGGUCGAGUAGAAGGUCGGAGGUGGCGAUGGAACAGCGGCGUGGUGGAGAUGGGGAAAAGUCGUGGCUUUUUCCCAGCCCCUGGCUGCCUUGGGUUUGCACCUGACCCCAGCUGUUCGCCCCGAGGAGGAGGCGGGCGGACGAAGGGUCAGACCGAACGGCAGAUGGAUUUGUUGGAGGGGUGGGCGAUUGCUGCCACGAAUUUGUCAGCGUUCAUGGAAGGCUUGGGAAUUGGUCCCUGUCCGUGCGCAGCGAAUGGAUAUCUGCCCCACAAGACCGGAGCCAGCCGUGCCUUCAAGAUACAACUGAUUCCAGCCAACUGCCACAACUGCGAGUCUGUCGUUACUCAUUUGUAACUCUUUUGAGUUUCACGAAGGGAACCGAAGAGAAGAUGCUGAAAAAGUGCUCAACCAUGUACAUACCUACCAGCGACGCCGAAUAUCUUCAAGCGUACCGCCCUUUAUAUCCGACGCUGAGUCAGACCAAAGAUCGCCGAGUUACACAGGAACUGGUUAGGCUGCGUGGCUCCUCGGGGAGCCGGGAGUGUCGGGGUGUCCUUGGUAUCAGCACGUGGGAUCCGUUCUUGUCACUUGCCUGUAUUCGGGAGCGAAGAGUUAUGGAUGCACAUGGUAGUUCCG